AUGCCAUUCUAUCUGGUCCUAAGUGGGCACAAACCUGGAAUAUACGACUCCUGGGUGGAUUGUCGCGAGCAAAUUAUCUCCUAUCCAAAUCCAGUUUUUAAACAAAUUUCAUCUAUAAAAGAAUCUCAUAAGUAUUUACAAUAUUGGCAAUUGAUCCUCCACCCGCUAAAUCACCUCUUCGAAAGAAAUGCUAAGGGUCGAAUCAUCAUCUUCACGGAUGGAUCGUGUUUUCGUAACGGGUCCACAGAAUCAGCAACAGGAUUAGGUAUUUAUUUUGGACCAAAUCACCCUCAGAAUUUGUCUCUUCCAUGCAUUAACCGAAAAACCAACAAUGGGGCAGAGUUAGAGGCUAUUCUGCAGGCUCUGAAAAUUAUAAGAAAAUUUGAUUUAAUAAAAAUCGAUCUUUUCACGGAUUCGGAGUACUUAUGCAACGGCCUUAAUACCUGGUAUGAAAAUUGGAAGAAACGAGAUUGGAUUACCUCGACAGGAAAGCCAGUUUCGUAUAAAGAAGAGCUUAAAUAUAUCAAAAUUCAAAUGGAGGCCCGAGACAUCAAGAUCUACCACGUUCCAGGCCACGAAGGAAUCUAUGGUAACGAGCAAGCCGACCAAUUGGCCAAAGAUGGAGCUAAAUUAUAUGAACUAUUCAAAACAGAAGCAAAGGCAGAGUUCAACAUCAGCCAAACAAAUACAAGCUCCAAGAAAUAG